GUUCCACGCAGAUGUCACAGACUCCCCGAGGUCGGCAGAGCCAAGAGAAGUUCCCCUGAGCUUCUGAAGCGAUGGCUGGACUGUUUCAAGAGAAUCGUACUCGAACUACAUAGACGAAGUUGAUCGACUGGAUUUCUAGAAUCAUGAGUGUAACACUUCACACUAGUCUAGGCGACUUGAAGAUCGAGGUUUUCGCUGAGGCGGUCCCUCGGGCUGCAGAGAACUUCUUGGCCCUGUGCGCCUCCGGAUACUAUGACAAGUGUAUCUGGCAUCGCAACAUCAAGGGCUUCAUGAUACAGACCGGAGAUCCAACAGGGACAGGGAAAGGUGGCCAAUCAAUCUGGGGGAGACCAUUUGCAGACGAAAUCCGGUCAACUCUGAAGUUCAAUCAACGCGGUAUUGUGGCUAUGGCGAGCAGUGGUCGAGACACCAACAAGGCCCAAUUUUUCAUUCUAUACGCAAAGCAACCUCACUUGGAUGGACAUUACACUAUCAUUGGUCGGGUGAUCGAUGGUGCUAUCAAUGGCACCCUUGAUCUGAUGGAGAAAGUCGCAGUCAACGAGAAACACAGACCGGUUCAAGAAAUUAGGAUGACCGGCGUAACCAUCCACGCAAAUCCGAUUGCUGAUAAAGAAGCCGAACGGUGAUGGAUCCUUAACUAUGUAGUCAAAUUGCCAUAACUGUAUAUACAAGCCUUUUCAAAAUUUCGAAAUGGCGUCUCUUAUAAUAACCGUGAUUAAAUAUCCAGGAUACAGAGCUCCAGUAUGAAUCUAACAGGAUACGAUUACCGCACACCCCAGUAAAUAUCCCAAAAGAGUCAAAGUCCAUCAAUCGAUUGCCAAAUUUUUUUCAUGUUCCAGCCAUCAAGUAAAAAUUGGAACAAGAUCCCAACUGGAAUGAAUUUUUUCUUUGUGCCUGGGC